AAGGCGGAGAGAAACUCUCUACUCGAGGGCUAACAAUAGGGCACAUUCAGUCGCAGAUAGAGAUCAAAUGGUCAAACAGGCAGCAAAUUUCAUUUCUUUGUACCCCUGUUCUUUCAUUUCCUUCCCAAUCCAUAUCUAUCUCUGCAUUGUCUUCGUUUCUGCCAAGAACAUCAAGAUCUUCCUCCCACUGAUUGUAAGACAAUGCCUUCUUCCUCCUCUUCUUCUUCUUCUUCUUCUUCUUCUUUUUCUUCUUCUUCUUCUUCUUCUUCUCUGCUGUUUUUGAUUCUUUUCUUCUUCUUCUGUGAGUCCAUCUCGUCGUCCCUCUCCAUUCCCUUCUUGCCUGUGAACAAUAUCACUCUUUUUGGCGAUUCUUACUUCAGAAACAACUCCAUUAGCCUCACACAAGAACUCAACUGCCUAUCUCCUCCUCCUCCCUCCUCUUCUUCCUACUCUGGAAUGGGCAGAGCCUUCUACGUUUACCCAAUUCGUUUUCUUGAUUCAGCAAACAAUGUCACAGCCUCCUUCUCCUGCCGCUUCUCCUUCACCAUUCUUCCUACCCCAAUGUGCCCUUUCGGCGACGGCCUCACCUUUCUCAUUACCUCUAAUUCCGCAUACAUCGGCCUCUCCGACGGCCGCAUCGGCCUUCCGGAGUCUGCCAUGAGCCCCCAAGAUUCCUUCAUAGCCGUAGAAUUCGAUACCAGUUUCGACCCGUCUCUCGGCGACAUUAAUGGCAAUCACAUCGGCAUCGACAUCAACUUCCCCGUCUCUUUUGCUUCGGUCGAUGCCAUUUCCAGCGGGAUUGAUCUUAAAGGCGGCAGGCAAAUGACUGCUUGGAUUGAGUACAGAGAUACUCUGAAAUUGAUGCGAGUUUGGAUUGGGUACUCUCUGAUUAGGCCUCCCGCUCCCCUUCUUGUCGCCCAAAUCGACCUUUCCAAGCAUUUCAGAGAGUUUAUGCAUGUUGGGUUCUCUGCUUCUAAUGGACGGGGCUCUGCCAUUCAUCUAAUUGACAGAUGGCGAUUCAAAACCACAGGGUUCCUCGCUUCCGCCGUUCCAAUGGCUGCGGUGGAAGAAGGGGAUUGUCUCAUGUGCUCUCCGGAAGAUUCAAAUAACAGCAGUCGCUCUGGUGUUCGCCAUAAAGGAGGAACAAGCAUGGAAGAAUUGCUGCUUGGAUUGGGAGGCUUGGCUGCGUUUCUAUUCUCUGCAGUGGCUGUUUUUGCAAUUGGGUUUUGCUUCAUGAGGAAGAAGAGGCUCACGGGUAGAAGACGAAAUGAAAGCCAGAUCUCUAGAAUUCAAAUGAACAGAGUUCCUACAACACUACCACUAUCCCAGGUAAAGUCUGCCACUGCAGGGUUUAACUCGAACAGAAUUAUCGGUGAGGGUGCAUCGGCGGUUGUCUAUGAAGGGCUCCUACCCUCUGGUGAAGCAGUUGCAGUGAAAAGGUUCAGUCAGAUAAAUCGAACCAAUUGCUUCGGUGAUCCCUUCGCCACUGAGUUCGCAACUAUGGUGGGCUGCCUGCGGCACAAGAACUUAGUUCAGCUCCAAGGAUGGUGCUGUGAAGGGACUGAACUAGUCCUAGUUUAUGAGUACCUUCCCAAUGGAAGCCUCGACAAGAUCCUGCACAAGAGCUCCAAUUCGUCGAGAUUCCUCACAUGGGAACGGAGGAUGAAGAUAGUCCUUGGGGUUGCUUCCGCGCUAGCGUACCUACACGAAGAAUGUGAGAGGCAGAUCAUUCACAGGGAUGUGAAGUCCUGCAACAUAAUGCUCGACGCUGAGUUCAAUGCCAAGCUCGGAGACUUUGGUUUAGCAGAAGUUUAUGAACACAGUUCCAUUACGAGGGAUGCCACUAUACCGGCAGGAACCAUGGGGUAUCUUGCUCCUGAGUAUGUUUAUUCCGGUGUUCCCACAGAAAAAACAGAUGUUUACAGUUUUGGUGUUGUGGUGCUGGAAGUGGCAACGGGGCGAAGGCCUGUUGAUGAUGAUGCAGUUGCGAUCACCGAUUGGGUGUGGGACUUGUGGGAGAAUGGGAAGUUGACUGAAGCUGCUGAUUUUAGGUUGAGGGGUAGGUUUAAUGUGGUGGAGAUGAAGAGACUGUUGAUGGUUGGACUGUCUUGUGUGCACCCAAACUGCGAAAAGAGGCCGAGGGUAAAGGAAGCUGCAAGGAUCAUUAGAGGUGAGGCGCCACUGCCCGUUCUACCAGCGAGGAAGCCAAUGGUUAGAAUUCGAACUGUUUUGCCAGAAUGUACUGAAGAAUUGCUGAAUUUUUAUGGGGACAGGAGUCCUGCCAUGGACGAUCCAUUGUGGUUAACCCCGAAGACUCAUUUCAGUAGGGACUAGCCUGAAAAGAAACUUGAAAUGUAUGAAAGUUAUUGCAUUCUGCAUUAGAAAUGCUUGAGCUUUUUGGGACUGGUAAUCUCGAGAAUUACUCUAACCUAAUGUUUGAGAGCUUGCGCGUGAGUUUGAUCAAAAUACAAUACAAAAAUGUAUUAUAUUCAGUACAAAUCAUUGCAAAUCCAACUCCCAAACACAGCCUAGCUGCCUUUUAGGUCAUAAACUGUAUGAUGUGAUUUCUAAACGUUGCGAAAUAGAAAUCCUUGGAAGAAAUAUUAAGGAGCAUGUGGAUGGAAUUCUCAAUAAGCCCACUUUGUUUUAUAUAGCGCGGAGACAAUUCAGUUCAUCAGAAUAAGCUAGCUGUCUGAUAGAAUCCGCCUACUAACGUGAAGGCUCUCAUAUCUCAAACUGCUGCCUACUCCUCCCCACUCUUAAUGACAACAUUAUGUAACUUUUUAACUGUCAUUGCGGCCAUUGUUCCGCUUCAUUCAGUAUGAUGGAUUUGUGUUUCAUUGUAAACAUUAAUAGCCUCAAAUAAAAUUAUUAUCAUAUUUAUUGAGGU